AUGUUGGAAAACAAACGCCAUGAAAUUAGCAGCCUGAAGCGGGAUUUGGAAACUCUUCGAGCAGAAAACGUUGAAUACUCGAAGAUAUUGGCUGAGAAGCAGUUGAAGAUUAGCGAUGCUGUUCUGUCAAGAUUCCAUGUUAUUGUCAGUGAUCUAGACAUGAUGAAGGAGGCGCGGGAAUGGAUGAUGAGAACAAUGGAAGAUCUGGUUGCGAUGGGUGAUCUAAUUCCGACCGAUUCUCUUUUGGACGAGGGAUUUGAUGAAGACUAG